UCUUGAGAAAUGAAACCUUCACAUCGUUGAGUUAAAGCGAGUCAAGAGGAUUUAAACUUAUAAAGUUUUUAUUUAGUAGCCUUUACCUUUGUUUAAUCUGCUUUUAGGGGGGUUAUUGUCACCAUGUAUUUCCCUCAUCACAACACGGACAGUGGAUUGCUGAUGGGCGGCUGGCAGGAGACUCCAGGUCCAGUUAAUGGGAAGCAUUAUGAGUGGCAACUGUCAAACGGAUGCCAGUGGAAGCCAAUUGCCAAUGACCAUGUGAUCGAAACGCACUACUGCCAACCGGGAGCUAAAGGAAUCACCAUCAACUUUGACGAGAUGAAGGUGUCCAUAGACUUUGAUAAGUUAGAGACUCUGACUCCAGGUCUGAAGGUGCAGAGACUGAGCUUCCUACCUCAGGGUCAGACGGAGGACGUAGGCUGGUACUUCAGAGAUGACCAGCUGUGGUGUGAAUAUGGAUCUCAGAGCUCCAGCACGUUGUCCUCCUCGAUCAGCAGUCAGGAUAUCGAGCAUCAGUUCAGUCUAAACCCUCGGGGAACCUUCAGCUUCACAGUGGGCUCGACAACCUACUCACUAGACUUCUCCACCAUGACCCAAACAAACUGCAUCACAGGCCUGAACAGGAAUGUACGCAGGCGUCCUAAAUUCACUUCCAGUGCACAGAGCCUUUCCUCCACCUCAGUGUUCCCCGCGGCUUCCUCCUCUCAGCUCUCUGAUAGAGGCUACAAGUGGGAGUUCAUGGGAGAAGAGGGGAGAUGGACAGAAUACAAAGCACAUAUUUGUUCAUACGACAGCGCUGCCAUUGAGAGACAAUAUCAGCUGAAUCCACAGGGCCAGAUAAACUUCAGGACCAAGAAGUUCUCGUACACGCUGGACUUUUCAAAAAUGUGUCAAGUCAACGACAGUAUCGGGACAACAAGAGCAGUGAGGAGGACAGCUGUCGAUGGGAGUCAACAAAACAGCAGUUUGGGUUCAGUGCCACGAUGGCAGUUUCGGGAUAUUGGGAGAAGUUGGACAGAUUAUUCCCAAGCGAAUAGCACCAUUUCCAGUCAAGACAUCGAGCUCCAGUACCAACAGAACCCGUCAGGCAUCAUCACGUUUGCCACCAAUGAAUUUAGCUAUGAGCUAAACCUCGCAGCCAUGACUCAGAGGAACCUGUCCACAAACACCACCAGACCAGUGCGAAGACUCAACCAGUGACUGCAGGACAACAGACUUGGAGGUCUGGAGUUCACUCAAUGUCAAUGCUCACAGUUACCUCACUGCCUCCCUCAGGUUGUCUCUCCAUAUUGGGAUGAUUCAGUACUGUCUCGCCUCUUAAG